AAUCCUCGCUCCUGGCUCUUGGCUCUGCUCGCUCCUGGCCAGCAAGCAGUGAUUCAGAUCGCAUGUAACAGGCUGCAGCCGACGACUCACUUUUUCCGACGACUUCAGGCACCAGAGCAGAGUCGCAGCAACUCACUCUCACACACACACACACACACACACACACACACACACACACACACACUGCUCCGUGAACGCUGGGGUUUCUUUACAAGUCAGUUUGGAGAUGCUCCAGGGGGCAGUGAGCAGGGCCGUGCUCUGCCUGUCCUGCUCCCUCCUGUUGGGGGUCUUCCUCCCAACAGAGGGUGCAGAGGCAGCAGGGCCUCUUCCUACUUUACCCCCCGAGCCAGUUUCCGGGGAACCAGACUUUGAGGAUCUGGAGUGGGGCUCUGGAUCAUCUCUCCUGCACCUGCUCCACAGCUUCCCUGCUGACAGCCCCUUCGUAACAGAGACCCCGGGCAAACCAGUCAACUGCACCCAGCGCUUCUGGUUACCACCGUCCUCCGAGAUCUGCUGGGAGAACAUAGCCGGACCCGAGGAGUUCGCCAGGUCCCGUCUGCUUGUUCUCCAGAACAGGGCUGCCCUGCAGGCGGUGUCCACCUCCAGCGGGGUGGAGGAGGGAGGGAGCUCCUACGAACACCAAGCAAGAGAGGAGGUCCAGGGGAUCCACUCAGACCACCAGAAUAUGGUGGAAACUAUGCAGACCAUGGAGAAGGUGUUUGUCUCUCUGGCGGAGAAGAGGAAGGAAGGGAAGGAGCAGGGGGUCCUCACGAGCAUGAAAGAGCGCCUUGCCAACACGGGAGACGACAUAGAUGGAAGAGAGCACAUGGCAAACACCCUGGAGAAUCACUUUUCUACUUUGGAGAAGACUCUGCUCAACAUGCAGCUUCGACUCAACAAACUCAUCCAGCAGUGACGAUGAUUCAUAUCUCCUCCCUUAUUUGAAAUGUAUUUAUAUGUUAAAGGAUUGUACAGCACUGAGUGUGGUAACACAUACACUAGUAUCCUGGUUAUGAUGAUGCUUUUGGAGUAUCCGAGUUAUGUUUCAUGCAAGUGAACACCUUAUCCCAGCUGCCAGAAACCUGGAUAUAACUUGUUUAGAAUCAAAACCAAAGUAACGCUCAAUACCAGGGUAUCAAUGAACAUGUAAACUCACUCAGUGUAGCAAAUGAAUGCAUGCUCAGGAUUAUCUUAGUCUGUAAUAUUAGGACAAAACACACUUGAUAUGCACCUUAAGUCACCCAAAUACCUACCAAAGUAACAUGUGUAACCUGGAGGCAGCAGAGAUCAAUAAAGCUCACAUUAUCAGGGACA